AUGGGCACCAUCAACCAAGUCAUCGAGAGAGGAUGCACCAUGCUCGUCCAUUUCGACAAGUCUGCGUCAUCGAAAGAAAUCAAAGAGUCACUAGAAACCGGAUCGAACGAAGAAAAGGCGGACGCGAUGAAGAAAGUCAUCUCGUUGUUAAUGAACGGCGAACACUUACCGCAGAUUUUCAUCACCAUCGUUCGAUACGUUUUACCGAGCGAGGAUCACUUGGUGCAAAAGUUGUUGCUGUUGUACAUGGAGAUCAUUGAAAAGACGGACAGCGAAGGAAAAUUGCUUCCGGAAAUGAUCUUGAUUUGCCAAAACUUGAGGAACAAUUUGCAGCACCCGAACGAGUUUAUUCGAGGGUCGACGUUGCGAUUUUUGUGUCGAUUGAACGAUCCAGAGUUGAUUGAGCCGUUGAUUCCGUCUAUCGUGCAAAACUUAGAGCAUAGGCAUCCGUACGUGCGAAGGAACGCGGUGAUGGCUAUUCAUAAGAUUUACACCGAAACGCCUAGAGGCGAGAUUAUGAUUCAAGACGCGCCGGAGAUUGUCGAGCAGUUGUUGAAUGGUGGAGAGUCGGAUUUGAGUACGCGACGUAACGCGUUUUUGAUGUUGUAUCAUUCGGAUCAAGAUCGCGCGGUGCAAUAUUUAAUGGCCAAUUUGGAAUCUGUCGCUAACUGGGGCGAUAUCCUACAAACAGUCGUUUUGGAUUUGGUUAGAAAGGUGUGUCGAACAGAUCCGUCGCAAAAAGGGAAGUACAUUAAGAUUAUUUUGAUGUUGCUGCAAACCAACAACACUUCUGUGAUUUACGAGUGUGCAAAUACGUUGGUUGCGUUGAGUAACGCGCCGACUGCGAUUAAGGCAGCGGCGAAUUGCUAUUGCCAACUUAUCGUCUCGCAAGGCGACAACAACGUCAAGUUGAUCGUGUUGGAUCGAUUGGCGGAUUUGAAAAAGAAUCACAGAGAAGUGAUGCAAGAUAUGGUUAUGGAUAUUUUGAGAGCGGUGGCAUCUCCGUCCGUGGAUAUUCGUCGAAAGACGUUGGAUAUUGUUUUGGAUUUGAUCAACUCGAGGAACAUCGAGGAGGUGGUUACCGCGUUGAAGAAGGAAAUUAUCAAAUCGCAAAGCGAUACCGGUUUAGGUGCGAGCGAGAAGAACGCGGAAUAUCGGCAAAUGCUGGUACAGAGCGUUCACGCGUGCGCGGUGAAAUUCCCGGACGUUGCCGGUUCUGUCGUGCACAUGUUGAUGGACUUUUUGGGCGAUCCGAACACGGCGUCAGCGUUGGAUGUGAUUAUGUUCAUUCGAGAAAUCGCGCAAACGAAUAGCGGUAUGCGCGCAUCGAUUUUGCAGAGAUUGUUAGAUUCUUUCUACUCGAUUCGAUCGAGUCGAGUGUGUGCGACGGCGUUGUGGAUUAUUGGCGAGUACUCCGAAACGAGAGAACAAGUCGAAGAGGCGUUGGCGACGUUGAAAUCGAGUUUAGGCGAAACGCCAUUCUUUGAACCGCCCUCGGACGAACGAUUCGUGGAUGAUGCGGAGGAAGAGAAGGAAGUGUACGAGUCUGGAUCGAAGCGACCGAUAGUUUUAGCCGACGGUACGUACGCUACGCAAACGGCUGUUCAAACCUCCGGAGGAGGCCCUUCGACGCCAAACUUGAGAGCGUUGCUUUUAUCCGGCGACUUUUUCUUGGCUGCCAUUUGUGGCGGUACGUUGACCAAGCUCGGUUUGAGGUACAUGAAGAGCAACACGUUUUCGGAAGAGGAAAAGAACCGAACGCAAGCGGAGGUUAUGUUGUACAUUGUCGCCAUCUUGCGCUUGGGGAAAUCUCACGUCGUCGCCCACGAGAUGGAUUACGACUCGACCGAGCGUUUGACGCAGUGCUUCGCGGCGAUAGAGUCUCCGGAAUCCGAAACCACACGAGUCUGGCUGGAAAACUGCCGAGAAUCUUUCUCGUUGAUGAUCAGCGAAAAACUCGAAAACGACGCGAAAGAACGAGAGAAGAAGGAAGAAAAGCCAAAAUCUCAAGCGGAUGAUUUGAUUGACUUCUAUCACUUGAAAUCAAGAAAAGGUUUAUCGCAAGUCGAAUUGGAAGAUGCCGUGGCGACUGAUUUACGCCGAGCGACUGGGUUUAACGACCCAGACGCGGCCUCAAACGCUAGAGAUUCCAAGUUGAACAGAGUCUUGCAGUUGACAGGCUUUUCCGAUCCAGUGUACGCCGAGUCCUACGUCACUGUUCACCAAUACGAUAUCGUCAUGGACGUCACCGCGACGAACAGAACGAACGAAGUCUUACAAAACGUGUGCUUAGAGCUCGCGACCAUGGGUGACUUAAAACUGGUGGAAAGACCGCAAAACUAUACCUUAGCACCGGGAGAAUCGAAACACAUUCGCGCGAAUAUUAAAGUUUCGUCCACGGAAACUGGCGUCAUUUUUGGCAACAUUGUCUAUGAAUCCAGAAACGAGGAUCGCAACGUCGUCGUCUUAAACGACAUCCACAUCGAUAUCAUGGAUUACAUCUCCCCGGCAUCGUGCGCGGACAUUGCGUUUAGAAACAUGUGGGCCGAAUUUGAAUGGGAAAAUAAAGUCGCCGUGAACACGAAGUUUACGGAUGUGAAAGAAUACCUGGACCACGUGGUGAAGAGUACAAACAUGAGGUGCUUGACUCCCGAGUCGGCGUUGGACGGCGAGUGCGGAUUUUUAGCCGCGAACUUGUACGCAAAGAGCGUCUUCGGUGAAGAUGCUUUGGUGAACGUCUCUGUAGAAAAAGAUAAAGAUGGAAAACUUGGCGGAUACAUUCGUAUCCGAUCCAAGACGCAAGGCAUUGCGUUGAGUUUAGGUGAUAAAAUUACUUUGAAGCAAAGAGGGCCGGAGAAGUAA